AUGGCUCCUCCGCCGCGCUUGCGCAUUUUAUCAGUUGGGAGCAAUGCUAUCUCGGCCUUCCUUUCCUGGAGACUUCAGGCGACCACAUCAUGCGACGUGACGCUGGUUUGGAAAUCGGGGUUCGAGGCUGUGGCCCAAUACGGUGUCUCUUUCAAAUCGAAAGCAUUCGGCAAUGAACGAUUUAAGCCUCGACAUGUGGUCCGUACACCGGAAGAAGCCGCGUCGCGAGAAAAUGCCUACGACUACGUUAUCCUCUGCGUCAAGGCCUUGCCUGAUGUCUACGAUCUGGCCUCCGUCAUCGAAUCCGUUGUUACCCCUCAACACACCUGCGUCCUCGUGAACACGACAAAUACCCUGGGAGUCGAGUCGCAUCUGGAGCAGCGGUUUCCGACCAACGUCGUUCUUUCGCUGGUUUCGGGGGUGGAGAUUUCGCAGAUUGGAGCCAGCGAGUUCGAACACUUGAACUCGUCCGAUAUUUGGAUCGGUUCCACCACAAAGCAGACCAACGUCCCCAACUCCAUCCAAGGCGACAUGGCCGCGGCGCUAGCAAUGACGCUGGGAUCGGGACAGGUGAACUGCACAGUAUCGAAAAAUAUCCGCCAGGAACAAUUUGAGCGUAUGAUCGGACCAAUUGCAUUUUACCCCACUAGUGUAAUGUUUGAUACUUCCAACCACACGCAGCUUCUCGAGAAGGUCGGCGUGCGUCAAUUAGUGACGGGCGUCAUCGAAGAGCUUAUCGAGCUGGCAAAGGCAAACGGGUGUUCAUUCCCCAGUGAUUUCAGUGAAAAGACGGUCGCGAGUAUGACGGCCAGCGGGUCGCCGAGCGCGAUGUAUCAGGAUUUCCAGGCCCGACGUCCGAUGGAAAUCGAAACUUACCUUGGAACUACCAUCAAACUGGCGACCGAAUCCGACGUCCGGAUCCCACGUCUCGAAACUCUCUACGCAGCGCUUCUUCACAUCAAUGCCACUAACCUCAGCAAGCCUCGCGAAUCUCCACCCCCCAUGCCGGCUGCGGCACCCGCUGGAGCCCCUGUGCCUCCGGGCCCGCCUCCUCGAAUGUCGUCUGCUCCCCCUCCCAGAGCAAUGAUGAAUGGCCCUAUGCGCCCGGGUCCCGGCGGGAGAACGAGUACCGGUAUGCCAAUGCCCGGAAGACGGGGACCCCCUGGACCGCCGAUGCCCCCGAUGCCUGGGAUGAUGAGACCCCCCAGUGCCCAGCCUCAAUCUAAAAUGCCUCCCAAGGAGGCUUCUUUGGAAGGCCUUGAGGAGUUCAGCCACCUUGUCGUGUAUGACGACGGGGCGGGUGGUGAACCUCACCAGAACGGUAAUGGCUUCCCUGAUAUGCCACCCGGCGGCCCGGGAGGUGCUCCGGCCGAAAUGGCGUUGAGAGAACGCGAAUUGGCGCUUCGACAGCGCGAGCUGCAGAUCCGUGAACAAGAAAUGAUGAGUAUGCGGCGAGGCCCCCCUCGAAGAGGGCCCCCGCCCAAGGCCGCCUUCGACGAGGAGGAUGAAGAUGACUAUUUUGACCCCAUGGAUGCCCUUCCCGUCCCUCACAUCGACCCCGACAGUGUGGAUAUGAUGAGCAUCACCUCCCGCAAAGCCAAGAAGGCCCCGAGCGCCAGCCAAUUACGCAAAAACCCCGAGAUUAACACGAUGCCCCCGCCUCCUAAUCGACCGGGCUCCUCUUUCAGCCGGUACUUUGGCGGAGGAAGGAAGCGUGCGAGCGACCGGAUCAUGCAGGAGAUCCCUGGACUUCAUGAUUCGUUGAUGGACAAUCCCAUGAUGGCGUACUCAUCCAACCGUUACGGUGCAGUCGACAGGAAUCAUAUGGCCGCGGGAUCGCGUGCCAACUCCCUGACGGCCAGUCGAAUGGGCGACUUCCCGCCACACCCUUACCCGCAAAGCCGAAGGAACAGCAAUUCCCCCGCGACUCCCUAUGGCCCUGGUGGCCCUCGGAUGGGCCGACCCGGGACCGCGCAAGACCAGCACCUAGGACCACCCAAUGGCCCUCCUCACGGCGGCCAUCCGUCGCCGCCCGGACAGAUGCGAGCGCCUGUACCCAGGUAUCCACCUGGGCAAGGUAAUGCGGUAGGUCCGCAACAAGUUGAGCAACAUUAUGGGGUGAGCAAACCGUAUUCCGCCAAGGGCACUCCCAAACAUAGAAGUCUGACCGGAAGUGCGAGCGCCAGCGCGGAGAGUGGUGAUAGCGGGGCCAGUGCGAACCUUGAUUCCGAGAACUCGGCGCAUAGUAGCCAAACCAGCUUAGGUGCUCAGCCACCAGCUGCCAUGCCCGUUCGUUGA